AGAGUUACAAGUGGCUGCGGUCUGCAGCACAACCCGAGACGCAUGACCAAUGAGCUCUCUCUUGCGCACGUACCCAGAUUUCACUUGAAAGUGAUCUUCGGUGUUUGUGCGCCACUUUAAAGCUCAGCAGCUCAGAGAAGUUGGUGGCCAGAGUGGAAACGGUGCAGGAUGGGAAUGAAGCUGAAAGGCAGCGCGGGUGCUUAGUUUUCUGAGGACGCACAAGGCUGAGGCGCUUCGUGCCAUUGCGCACAACUUCUCCACUGCCUCCACUGCAAACGCACCGUAGCCGAAUUACAGCGUGGGCUUUACUAAACAGGAGCAGAGAUGGCUGCACUCAUUAGUUCUUUGAUCAUUUUUACCAAAUUAUUACUUUAUCUGAAACUAACAUAUUGCAUGGAGGUGGAUUUCUGCAUACCUGUUCGCGUGGAUCAGCAAAAGCAUGAAAAGCAUCUGCACCGGCGCGCGGAGCAGAUGAAUGAAAGGCAGAUUGUUUUUAGACUGAAUGCAUUCAAACAGGAAUUUUACCUCCACCUCACGCCGGACUCUAGUUUCAUUGCACCGGGCAGCUUGCCGCCGGAGAGCGGCUCCACAGCAUCCAACGGCUCCGCACCCGCUGACCUCAGGGACUGCUUCUACUCCGGCGAUGUCAACUCAGACCCGGACUCCUUCGCUGCGCUCAGCCUGUGUAAAGGUCUCCACGGGGGGUUCUCCUAUAAUGGCAUGGAGUAUUUCAUCAGCCAGACCAGGACUGAAGACGGAGCAGCUGCGUCUGGAUUUGGAAACUCUUUCGACAGGACGCAUGUCAUCCGCCGCCGGAGACGCGCUGCGCACUCAGCCGGCAACCUCACCAGCAGGUGCGGAGUUACACCUGACACCAACUUCAACAUCUCCCUGGAGAAAUACAAGCACAUGGGCGAAUUGGAGAUUGAUGGCUUAACUGAAACUGUGUUGAAAACCUUGGGGAGGUCCAAGAGGUUUGCCUCCAUCCCCAGGUUUGUGGAGGUGCUGGUGGUGGCAGAUGAAUCUAUGGCUGCAUUUCACGGGGAUGACCUGAAGCAUUACCUCUUGACCCUGAUGUCAGUAGCAGCCAGGCUUUACAAGCACCCCAGCAUCCUCAACUCCAUAAACAUAGUGGUGGUGGGUUUCAUGGCGAUAAAUGAAGCUGACAAGGGACCUAAGGUUUCCAGUAAUGCAGCCCUGACUCUGCGCAACUUCUGCUCCUGGCAGAAGAAGUUGAAUAAACACAGCGACAAGCACCCAGAGUACUGGGACACUGCCAUACUGUUCACUAAACAGGAUCUUUGCGGGUCCACAACCUGCGAUACGCUGGGGAUGGCUGACGUUGGGACCAUGUGUGACCCAAAGAGGAGCUGCUCUGUCAUUGAAGAUGAUGGCUUGCCCUCAGCCUUCACAACUGCCCAUGAACUUGGACACGUCUUCAACAUGCCCCACGACAAUGUGAAAGCAUGCGAGGAUGUAUUUGGGAAACUAAAGGACAACCACAUGAUGUCGCCCACACUGAUUCAGAUCGACAGGAGCAGGCCCUGGUCUGUGUGCAGCGCAGCCAUCAUUACUGAGUUCCUGGACAGAGGUCAUGGAGACUGUCUGUUGGACCAGCCUCAAAGGCAGCUGUCUCUCUCAGACAACCUACCUGGUUCCAGCUACAGCCUGCACCGCCAGUGUGAGCUCGCUUUCGGCCACGGCUCCAAGCCCUGCCCAUACAUGCAGCCCUGCUCCAAGCUUUGGUGUACCGGGAAGGCCCGUGGCCAGCUGGUCUGCCAAACCCGACACUUCCCCUGGGCGGAUGGCACGAGCUGUGGCAACAGCAAGGUCUGCUACCGGGGAGCCUGCGCUGAUAAGAACAGCACCAUGCACAUCAAGGUGGAUGGCCGCUGGGGGAAGUGGGGUGCAUUUGGAGACUGUUCUCGUAGUUGUGGUGGAGGAGUUCAGCUGGCCAAGAGAGAGUGUGACAACCCCGUCCCUGAGAAUGGAGGCAAAUACUGCUAUGGCCUUCGCAUCAAAUAUCGCUCCUGUAACCUCAACCCUUGUCCUGAAACAGGUAAAAGUUUCCGUGAGGAGCAAUGUGAGGCGUUCAAUGGCUUAAACCUGAACACCAACAGACUGGGCUCCUCUGUGGUAUGGGUUCCCAAAUAUUCAGGCAUCUCUCCCAAGGACAAAUGCAAGCUCAUCUGCCGCGCCAACGGGACCGGAUACUUCUAUGUCCUCGCUCCAAAGGUUGUGGAUGGGACACCUUGCUCUCCUGACACCUCAGCUGUAUGUGUUCAAGGGAAAUGCAUCAAGGCGGGCUGUGAUGGCAAGCUGGACUCUAACAGGAAGUUUGACAAGUGCGGGGUUUGUGGUGGGGACAACCAGGGCUGCAAGAAGGUCUCAGGGAUGUUCACCAAACCUAUUCAUGGCUACAACUUUGUGGUGAUGCUGCCUACUGGAGCUUCAAAUAUUGACAUCCGUCAGCGCGGCUACCGAGGAAUGGUCAGUGAUGAAAACUACUUAGCAGUGAAGAAUCGGCACGGCAAGUACCUGCUGAACGGCAACUAUGUGGUGUCCGCUGUGGAGCGUGACCUGCUGGUGAAGGGCAGCUUACUGCGUUACAGUGGCACCUCCACAUCUGUGGAAAUUAUUCAGGCCACCAGACCCCUUCAGGAGCCUCUGACUGUGGAGGUGCUCUCUGUAGGGAAGAUGACUCCUCCGAGGGUGCGCUACUCAUUCUACAUCUCCAAGGAGAGCAAGGAGGAGAAGACUCUGCGGAAAGAAGAGAGGAGCCACACAGCGCAGAAUAGCGUCUUGGCGGACAUUAAUAGGGUGGAAGCAAAGAAGCAGGUGAUGGGUAAGAGGCCAGUCAGUCACUGGGUUACAGGAAGUUGGGAUUCAUGCACGGUGACUUGUGGGAAUGGUCUGCAGAAGAGGCUGGUGCAGUGCCAGAGCAUGGAGGGGCGUCCUGCAGUCGACUGUAACAAUGCUGACAGGCCUGUAGCAGUGAGAGCAUGUGGGGAUCCAUGUCCCGUGUGGGAUGUUGGGGCCUGGUCUCACUGUUCCAAGUCUUGUGGAAGGGGCUUUAAAAGGCGACCAGUGCGCUGCAUGACUGAAAAUGGUCUGAAUCUACCCAGAGACCACUGCUCUGGAAGGAGGAAGCCUCAGGAACUGGACCUCUGCAACCUGAAGCCAUGUUAGAGCAGAACAGACACAGCCCAAGGACUUAUUUUUGUCAGUCAAAGUGACAAUUUGACAUGAACCUUAGCUGACUGUGUCUGAAGGGGCGUAUGCUACACCGAAGAGAGCCAGUGGAGAAGGAGAGGGUCUCUCCCUCCAUUAUUUGAAAAGACAGAAAUCUGUUUAGACCAGAGAAAAGAUGGAAAGCUGUCUUCUUGUAAACUGUCAAACCAUCUGAGGCAGGUUUGACUUGUGGUUAGUCUACCUCUAACAGGACAGAUGGCACAAUGCCUGAGCAUAUACAGAGCGUAACAGAGGAGAAAGAUGCAGAGACGGUGAUCACACAUCUGCACACAAACAUAGUUUCUUGGUAUAGUUAUGUGUACUGGAUGAGAUCGCAAAAGCAGAGAGAAAUGAAAGUCUAGGACAAACAGAUGGAGCAUUGUAAAGACUCACGCUGUGCAGUUAUCAGCAGCGGCAGCUCACCUGUGAAUUGACAUUUUUCUCCUUUCACUGAAGAACUAAUCGAAAUGUGAAACACAGUACUGUAUCAUUCAUGCAGGUCCAUGCAGUUUCAGCAGCUUUUUUUCCCCAUUUUCCUUGAUUCACUGCUAUCGGCUGUUGUAUGAUGUAGAAAAAUCAAAGGCAGCAGCCAAUUACACAUUCAGUCAGUCAGAUCAUCUUUACAAGCUUUAUAUCCUUCCAAAAUGAAAAACAGUCAACAAUAUAUCCUACACACUUGAUACAUUGGAUCAAUAUCAAAGAAGUCGUUCAUUUUACUAGUGACCAAAAAUCUAAAAGUAUUUUUGUAUAAGAGGAGAAUGAGCUAAGACGUUAUUCUAUAUAGUGAAUGUAGGCUGUUUGUAUGCAUCUGUGUCCGUUCUGUGUAAACCAAACCGACCAACGCUCAGUUGUUUGUUCCAUGUUGCCAAAGAAUUAUUAUAGCCUUCAGAAAAGCCUUAGUACUGUAAGAGACACCUCUCUGCUUGAACCGCACAGAAGCAUGGCUUGCUUACAUUACUGUCAUCACCUUAAAGUCCUACUGAAAUUAAUUUGCAGUGUUUUGUCUGCUACAACAACACAUCAACGUUAUUUUUGACAACAAAAAGGGAUGACUAAAUGUGAUUUCAGUUUCUGUCAAACACUCACCGCCCGGAGACUUACAAAGCUGUAAAAUAAUCAGCAGACUAAUGGAUUAGGAAAGCAACAGAAAAUAAGUAAUAUGCUGUAAAACUUCAAUUAAAAAUAGGGUCGCAGGCCAGAGGCAGGUUCCCUUUACUAGCCUGGUGUGGCAACAUGUUUUGACAAAUAAAAGCAGCUCUCAAUUAGAGGCCUGGUCUGGGUUUUAUAGAAGUUCUUUGGAUUUAUAAAAACUCUUAAAACCCACCGGGUCGCCCGUUUCAGCGUAUUCUAAGCUGCUGAACAAAUAUAGUAAAAGUACACAAAUAUACAUGUUCAAGCUUUUGUCAUUACGGACACUCUACGUUAGAUCAGCUAGAUUCUCCACAAUUCAAUCCUUCAGUUCAUUUUGAAGAAACUAUGAGCAGCAGAGUGAGUGAAAUAAUCAAAAUCAAAAAUAUCAUUGGUUCCAGUUUCUCAAUGUGAGGUUCUUGUUGUUUUUUCCCCUUUUAUGUGAGAGCAAAUCUUUUUGUAUUUUAAACUGUUUGUCUGCCAGAGCGAGCAAUCUGAAGACGUCUUGCACCAGGAAAUUGUGAUUUGGAUUAUUUUCUGAUAUUUUAUUGAUAAAACGAUUUAAGUUUUUAGUUCCUUCCUGAAGUAUAGAAGUUAUUUUGAAAGACCUAUGAAAAUAUCUCAAACCACUCCUGCAGCAUAGACCACUUUUCUACUGAGUAUCUAUACGACACUAAUAUGUCUAUUUAUCUUCUUGAUUAGCAAUAAUAAUAAUAAAGGUUUAUCCAUAGAGUACUUUUCUAGUAAAAACUGCAAAGUCCUUAGGAAGAUAAAACACAAUGGCAGGACAUAUGCAGGGUUAAAAGAGCUGCAUAAGGUAAAAAGCUGCAAACAGUACUACAUAGUAGUACAAAAUAUAAAAGGACGUAAACAUAUAACAUAACAUUCCCACAUGCUGAAAGUAGCUAUGCAAAACACCAUCCCAAAAUAAAUGAAAGAAAAUGUAAAAAAUAUGGCAUUGGUAGCUUGUUCUGAAGAGGGGAAUCAGCAAAGCAAAAGUUUGACAGCAAUUAAUAAUGCUUCGUAAUAAACCCUAAAAGAUGUUGGCAAGUGCGAUGAAGAUUACAUUAGGGUGUUGUCUGAGAAACCCUUCAGAUCGGUAGUUCCGUUGCUCCGUUGUUAAGCCAAAUAAACAAAUACAGUGAUAUUGCUAAAUGCUUUCAGGUCAUGCUGUUGUGUUCCUCAAAGCCAAAUGAACACAAGAGGUGAGCGUUUUGUGCUCAAAAGAUGCUUAUUUUAUUUCAGUUGGAGUAUAACUUCAGUAUUCUACAAUGCUGAUGUUUGCUAUGCUUUUAUGUUAGCAUUGCAUGCAGUCUUCUGUUCUUCUGCUGCUUGGCUGCUUCAUCACCUCUAGCCCUUAAUGAGGAGACAUACUGCAUCAUGUUUCAUGUAUCACUAUACUGUCCCAGGCAUCAAAAUGUAUAUGGUUUGAUUAUUUGCUCUGGUGUUACGCUUAUUCUCCUGCUGAGUAAAGCCUACCGUAUACACAAGCAGAAAAAGGCUUAUCAUGUCUAUGAACACACCAUGUUGAAAUUAAAGGGAAAAUCCACCCUAAAACACAACACCCAUUGGUCUACUUCCCAUCCUGGCAUUCCAUUUUGUUGUUUUGAAGGGAUUGUUUUCUUUGAAUAAACUGCAGCACAGCUGGAAAUAUGUGUAGUUGAAUAAAAUUUGGAGCAGCAGUCUUAAAAAUAUUUGGUAAAAGUCCAGUUUUGUUGUCACACCCUAAGAUUUGUAAUGUCUGUCUGGAGUCACUAUUUCACAUGAAACUGACAGAAAGAAUUUCACCACCUCUGAGAUUAAAACUUUUCCAAUUUCAUCAUAACGAUAACACCUGGAAUGCGACAAUCAUCACAGAAUCAAAGAUAACUUUUUGUAUUUGAAGGUGAAAUUUUCCUUUAAACUGAUAGACACAAUGCCAACAAGUCCUUCAACAGAAAACUCAUUUCACUCUUCAUUUUCAGCCUGUUUUUGUUCAGAGGGACCAAUUAUACCAUCUAAAAGAUGGUAUUGUACAGUUUUUUUCACAUCAUGUACAGAUAAUGUUAUUUUUUAUUGUCUUUUGUAUUGUAUACUAUGUAUACAUUCAUCUAGCUGUAUAAAAUAAAGUAUAUAUAUAUAUAAGAAUAUAA